AUGGAUCCAAGCAACCCGAACAACACAAACAACCCGAACAACCCGCCACAAACCCCGUGGACGACAUCCGCUGAUCCGAUGUGGGCGACUCCAAAAUUUUCUUUUACAAGCUACAAUCAAGUUCCUAAUGCGUUCAACCAACUCCCUCGAACCCCGACUCCUAACUCAUUCACGCAACUCUCUCAAACCCCGAAUCCUAACGCGUUCACGCAACUCCCUCAAACCCCGCAACCUACUAGUUUAUUUCAACUUCAACAAAUCCAAUUUCAACAACAAUAUCAGCAACAACUUAAAACGCUCCAACAAAGCCAAAGUUGGCCUAUUCAUACGAAAGUCCAAUUGCAACCGACACCCAAUACCCCUUCGUUAGACGAUUUGGAUGACAUUGACGUUGUACCCGAAACCCAACCUCAAAGUUCUAAGAAAACAUCUAAAAAAAGCGUUCAAAGAGGCCGGAACAAGAUAAUUUAA